AUGCCAUAUAAUCAUGGUCAAUAUGGCAAUAUUGAUGGAAAUGAUACUAACCAAAAUCAAGAGCUUAAUCAAUACGAUCAAAUGAAUUAUAAUAAUGUACAGGAAGAUUAUUAUGAUAAUUCUCAACUAGAAUUCAAUAGAAAUCACUUUGAUAAUCCAAAUAAUCAUGAUAUCGAUUUGGACAGUAUUUCUAUUAACCCAGAUAGCAAUAGAUAUGUAGAACAAGAAAGUUUCUCUGAUUAUUCAAGUCAUCCUGUAAAUUCUAAUCUUAACGACAACAAUAACAAUAACAAUAACAACUAUACACCUUCUAGUUUAAGCUAUGGCUUUAAUCCAAAUAUGUCAACUUCUUCUCAAGAUAGAAGUGACUCAAAUAUCCCAAAUUCUUCCUCGAGCUUUUUUCCACAGGAUCCGUAUCCUGCAUGGACUGCUGAUCCAGACUCCCCUGUCGAUAUAAGACAGAUCGAAGAUAUUUUUAUCGAUUUAACUAAUAAAUUUGGGUUUCAAAGAGACUCGAUGAGAAACAUGUUCGAUCAUUUAAUGACUCUAUUGGAUUCUCGUGCCUCUCGUAUGAGCCCUAAACAAGCUUUGCUGACUCUUCAUGCGGAUUAUAUAGGUGGUGACCGAGCUAACUACAAGAAAUGGUAUUUUGCGGCACAGUUAGACUUAGAUGAUGCAGUUGGCUUUAGAAACAUAUCAUUGAGUAAAUUGAAUAAAAAAUCAAGAACCGCUAAGAAAUCACAUAGAAAAAUGCUGAAAAAUUUGUCCGGCAAGAUGGAUCCUCAACAGUUGCAAUACGCCUUAAACGAGUUAGAAAACGAUAACUCUUUACAGGCAGCAGAUUUCCGAUGGAAAUAUAAAAUGAAUCAAUUGACUGCAUUGGAAAUGAUUCGUCAUUUAGCUUUAUACUUAUUGAUAUGGGGGGAGGCCAAUCAGGUCAGAUUCACGCCAGAAUGCCUUUGUUUUAUAUAUAAGUGUGCACUAGACUAUAUGAAUUCGCCACUAUCCAAUGAUAAAACUUUACCAGAAGGUGAUUAUCUAAAUAGAAUUAUUACACCAAUCUAUAAAUUUCUUAGGAAUCAAGUCUAUGAAAUAUCGGGUGGCCGUUACGUAAAAAGAGAAAAAGAUCAUAAUAAAGUUAUUGGAUAUGAUGAUGUUAAUCAAUUGUUUUGGUAUCCUGAAGGUAUCAAUAAAAUUAUAUUCAACAAUGGUGGGAAGUUAACUGACUUGCCACCAGAGGAAAGAUAUUUAAGUUUAGGUAAUGUGGCUUGGGACGAUGUUUUCUUUAAGACAUAUUAUGAAACAAGAACGUGGUUACACUUGGUUACAAAUUUCAAUCGUAUUUGGAUAUUACAUGGAGCAGUCUACUGGAUGUAUGUUUCAUAUAAUGCCACUACCUUUUAUACACAUAACUACCAACAAUUAGUUAACAAUCAACCGCUAGGUUCUUAUAAAUGGGCGUCUGCUGCUUUAGCCGGUACUCUUACAUGUGUUAUUCAAUUGGCCGCCACUUUAUGUGAAUGGUGGUUUGUUCCAAGAAAAUGGGCAGGCGCUCAACAUUUGUCUCGCCGUUGUUUGUUUAUUUUAUUACUUUUAGGUGUUAACUUAGCCCCAAUUGCAUGGUUCUAUUCUUAUGAAACAGAUACCACUUAUAGUAGAACUGCUCUUAUCGUGUCUAUUGUGUUCUUUUUUGUUGCAGUGGCAACGGUGGUUUUUUUUGCUGUAAUGCCUUUAGGUGGUCUUUUUACUUCAUAUAUGAAGAAAUCAUCAAGAAGAUAUGUUUCUUCUCAGACAUUUACUGCAUCUUUUGCUCCAUUACAUGGAUGGAAUAGAAUUUUAUCGUACCUGGUCUGGAUUGUGGUUUUUGGUGCUAAGUAUGCUGAAUCAUAUUUCUUCUUAAUUUUAUCGCUUAGAGAUCCAAUUAGAAUUCUUUCUACAAUGACUAUGAGAUGUACUGGUGAAUAUUGGUGGGGUGCCAGGUUGUGUAGGCAUCAACCAAAAAUUACUUUAGGGCUAAUGAUUGCAACAGAUUUUAUCUUAUUUUUCUUAGAUACUUAUUUAUGGUAUAUCAUUGUCAAUACCGUUUUCUCUGUCUGUAAGGCAUUUUAUUUGGGUAUGUCAGUUUUAACACCAUGGAGAAACAUUUUUACAAGACUACCAAAGAGAAUCUAUUUGAAAAUAUUGGCUACAAAUGACAUGGAAAUUAAAUAUAAACCUAAGGUUCUUAUUUCACAAAUUUGGAACGCCAUUGUUAUAUCUAUGUAUAGAGAACAUUUGUUAGCUAUUGAUCACGUUCAAAAAUUAUUGUAUCACCAAGUCCCAUCAGAUAUUGAAGGCAAGAGAACUUUGAGAGCUCCAACUUUUUUCACUUCUCAAGAUGAUCAUAAAACAAAAAUGGAAUUUUUCCCAUCUGAUUCUGAAGCUGAACGUCGUAUUUCAUUUUUUGCCCAAUCUCUAGCAACGCCAAUGCCUCAACCAGUUUCUAUCGAUAAUAUGCCAACUUUCACUGUUUUAACCCCACAUUACUCUGAAAGAAUAUUACUUUCCUUAAGAGAAAUUAUUCGUGAAGACGAUCAAUUCUCCAGAGUUACAUUGUUAGAAUAUUUGAAACAAUUACAUCCAGUGGAAUGGGAUUGUUUUGUUAAAGAUACCAAAAUUCUAGCUGAUGAAACUGCCGCAUAUGAAGGUAUUGAAGAAGAACCUGAAAAAGUUGAUAAUACAUCUAGUGAUAUCGAUGAUUUACCAUUUUACUGCAUUGGUUUUAAGUCUGCAGCUCCAGAAUAUACAUUGAGAACAAGAAUUUGGGCUUCUCUUAGGUCACAAACUUUAUAUCGUACUGUUUCUGGUUUUAUGAAUUAUGCAAGGGCUAUUAAAUUGUUGUAUCGUGUGGAAAAUCCAGAAAUUGUUCAAAUGUUUGGUGAUAAUGCAGAGGAGCUAGAAAGAGAAUUGGAAAGAAUGUCUAGAAGAAAAUUCAAAUUUUUGGUUUCAAUGCAAAGAUUAGCUAAAUUUAAGCCACAUGAGCUAGAAAACGCCGAAUUUCUGUUAAGGGCUUACCCUGAUUUACAAAUUGCCUAUCUGGAUGAAGAACCUCCAUUACAUGAGGGUGAAGAGCCAAGAAUUUAUUCUGCCGUUAUUGAUGGACACUGUGAAUUAUUGGAUAAUGGUCGUAGACGUCCAAAAUUUAGAGUUCAACUAUCUGGUAACCCAAUUCUGGGUGAUGGUAAAUCAGAUAACCAAAAUCAUGCUAUCAUAUUCUAUAGGGGUGAAUAUAUCCAAUUAAUUGAUGCUAAUCAAGAUAAUUAUUUAGAAGAAUGUUUGAAAAUUAGAUCGGUUCUCGCUGAAUUCGAAGAACUUGAUGUUAAGCCAUACAAUCCAUAUGCCCCAGAUAUUCCAUAUGAAGACCAACAUAAUAAUCAUCCAGUGGCUAUUGUUGGUGCAAGAGAAUAUAUUUUCUCUGAAAAUUCUGGUGUUUUAGGUGAUGUAGCGGCUGGUAAAGAACAAACUUUUGGUACACUUUUUGCUCGUACAUUGGCCCAAGUUGGUGCUAAAUUACAUUAUGGUCAUCCUGAUUUUGUUAAUGCUAUUUUCAUGACCACUAGAGGUGGGGUUUCCAAGGCACAAAAGGGUUUGCAUUUGAAUGAAGAUAUUUACGCUGGUAUGAAUGCUACUUUACGUGGUGGUAGAAUCAAGCAUGUUGAAUAUUAUCAAUGUGGUAAAGGUAGAGAUCUAGGUUUCGGUACUAUUUUAAAUUUUACUACUAAGAUUGGUGCUGGUAUGGGUGAACAGAUGUUAUCCCGUGAGUAUUACUACUUAGGUACUCAGUUACCUCUGGACAGAUUUUUAUCAUUCUACUAUGCCCAUCCUGGUUUCCACUUAAACAAUUUAUUUAUUCAGUUAUCUUUACAAAUGUUUAUGUUAACAUUGGUCAAUUUAAAUUCUUUAGCACAUGAAUCUAUUAUUUGUGAGUACAAUAGAGACAAGCCAAUUACCGAUGUUUUGUAUCCAAUUGGCUGUUAUAAUUUGACACCUGUUGUAGAUUGGAUUAGACGUUAUACACUAUCUAUCUUUAUUGUGUUCUUCAUUGCAUUUGUCCCCAUGGUAGCUCAAGAGUUGAUUGAGCGUGGUACUUGGAAAGCAUUUAUUAGAUUCUGGCGUCAUGUCUUAUCCUUAUCUCCAGCUUUUGAAGUGUUUGCUGGUCAAAUUUAUUCUUCUGCUCUGUCAAGUGAUCUGACAGUAGGUGGUGCACGUUAUAUUUCCACAGGUCGUGGUUUUGCUACUUCCCGUAUUCCUUUCUCUAUCCUUUAUUCCAGAUUUGCUAGUUCAGCCAUCUAUAUGGGUGCUAGAUCAUUAUUAAUGUUAUUAUUUGGAACAGUAGCACAUUGGCAAGCUCCAUUAUUGUGGUUCUGGGGUUCAUUGGUAUCUUUAGUUUAUUCACCAUUUGUUUUUAAUCCACAUCAAUUAUCAUGGGAUGAUUUCUUCCUUGACUAUAGAGAUUACAUUAGAUGGUUAUCUCGUGGUAACAGUAAAUAUCAUAAAAAUUCAUGGAUUGGUUAUAUUAGAAUGACAAGAUCUCGUGUAACUGGUUUUAAACGUAGAUUGAUUGGUGAUGAAUCAGAGAAGGCAAUGGGUGAUGCUAGUAGAGCUCAUAGAAUUAAUUUGAUAUUAUCUGAAGUUAUACCAUGUUUCAUUUAUGCAGCAGGUUGUUUCAUCCCAUUUACUUUCAUUAAUGCUCAGACUGGUGCUAAAACUACUGAUGCAGAUAGAGUGAAUUCAGUGCUAAGAAUCAUCAUUUGUACGUUAGGUCCAAUUGCAGUUGAUAUGGCAGUAUUAGGACUAUGUUUAUCUAUGUCAUGUUGCUGUAAUUCUAUGUUACAAAGUUGUCAUAAAAAUCCAGGUGCAGUAACGGCUGCUUUUGCUCAUGGUGUAGCAGUAUGUGCACAUGUAGGGAUGUUUAUUGUUAUGUGGGUAUUAGAAGGUUUCAGUUUUGUUAAGAUGUUACUUGGUGUAGCAACAUGUAUUCAAUGUCAAAGAUUUAUCUUCCAAGUUGCAUCUGUAUUUUUGUUACCAAGAGAAUAUAAAAAUGAUAACGCCAAUACAGCAUUCUGGACAGGUUCCUGGAGUAAAUUGGAAAAUCCAUUUCAACAAUGUUGUAGGGAAUAUUUAGUCAAGAUAAUUGAGUUAUCUGAAUUUUCAGCAGAUUUUAUUUUAGGUCACUUAAUAUUAUUAACACAAUUUCCAUUAUUGUUGAUACCAGGUAUUGAUAAGAUUCAUUCAUUAAUGUUAUUCUGGUUAAAGCCAUCAAGACAGAUCCGCCCCCCAAUCUUUUCCAUUAAACAAACAAGGUUAAGAAAGAGAAUGGUAAGAAAAUAUUUCUGUUUGUACAUAUUAAUUCUUUUGGCAGCUGCAGGUUGUAUUGUAGGACCUGCAGUAGCAGCUGCAUAUGUGCCUGAUCAUAUUGCUGAACAUUUGACUGGUGCGGCACAUAAUUUGUUCCAACCAAGAAAUGUAAAUCAAAAUGAUACAGGCAUAGGUCUAUCAACAUAUUCAGGACAUUACUACACACAUACUCCAUCCAUUAAGACAUGGUCUACAAAGGCAUAA